AGAUCAACACAGACGAAACCAAUGAAAGAUGAUGACGGAAAUUUAAUUACGAAAGAAGAGAAACAAAGGAAACAAUGGGCCGACCACUUCAAGAAGCUCUUGAAUCGACCACCACCUGCACUUCAUCCAGAAAUACCACCUGCAGCCGCCGAACUACAAGUGAACAUAAAUCCUCCAACAAAAAUGGAAGUCCUGAACGCCAUAAAGCUACUGAAAUGCAGGAAAGCAGCAGGUUCAGAUGGGGUCCCGCCAGAAGCACUGAGAGCAGACGCAGAGACAACAGCGGACAUGCUCACAUCACUAUUGCAGAAGGUGUGGAAGGAAGAGAAGCUACCUGGCGAUUGGAAGAAGGGUUACUUCGUCAAACUCCCGAAGAAGGGAGACCUCAGUGUUUGCAAGAACUGGCGAAUAAUCACUCUCCUGUCCACCCAGAGCAAGCAAAAUAUUAAGCCGCAUCAUCCUGGAGAGGCUAAAGGAUGCACUGGAUUCAAAACUACGACCAGAACA